UUUGACCGAGACCUCAUCCUUCCGGUUCUUUAAAGACCCAGCAGUCCUCCGGUGUCCCCCCUCUGGUGUCCCCUGAUGCCGUGGGUGCUGUCCUCCCCACUGGACACCCUGUCCCCGUCCCAGCGGCACUGUGAGCGGACCGCCUUCUCCUUCUACCGCGCGGUGCGCGAGCGGAUGCCGGUCUGGCUGCUGGAGGACAUGCGCAGCAUGGAGGUCCUCUGCUGGAACGACGGCUGCCCGCGAGCCUUCCUGCCCUCCGAGGCGCUGCUGUACGCACUCGUGCACGACCACCAGGACUACGCACGCGACCUCCUGAGCAGGUACUCUGUGGGCGCCCUCGCCGCGCCGGGCUGCAGCCUCUGCGGCUGCUGCAAGAGCGCGCCGCACCUGAACGUGGCGGUGCGCUACAAGCGCGUGGCCAUCCUGCGCAUGAUGCUGGAGGUCCUGAAGGACUGCGACGGAGCGCGCGAGCGGCGGGAGUACCUGGACGGCUGCGGCGGCUGUCCUCACUUCGCGGACGCGGGGAAGAGCGCGGUGCAGCUGGCGGUGGAGCUGUCGCACCCCAGCUGCCUGCUGCAGCUCCUGCUCCACGGCGCGCGAGCCGACGCGCUCGACGUGGCGCUACAGACUCUGGUGUCCUGCGACGCGGCGGCGCGCCAGGACGCGCAGCGCUGCGUGGACCUCCUGCUGCUGUUCCUGUCCGAACCCCCGCGGCUUCCCUGCCUGCAGGACGAGCCGCAGCGCUGGCAAAGCCUGCUGGGUAACAAGGUGUUCACCUGGCUCUGCGGCCUGGCCCCGCCCCCACUCCUGAUGCAGGCGCUCAGGUGUCUGGCCCGGUCCGGACCGGACUGGAUCAGUUUGCUGCCGGACGUCCUGCUGCAGGACGCCUGUCAGUGAGGACUCUGACUCUGAAUGACUGAAAUUUAAACAAACUGUAAAUAGACUAAUGGAUUAGGGACGGGUGACGUCAUCAGCACUUUUUGCCCAGACAUCAGAAAGAUGUCGAUUCUGUUGGUGUCACCAACAUGUUGAACAAGACUGCAAAAAUACCACAAUGUAUACUUGUAUGUAUGUAUAUAGUACACUUCACACUUGGUGCCUUAUCAUGUAAAAAAAAAUUAAAGCUGCCAGUUUGUUCUCUUUAAUGAGCUACAAUAAUUUUAAAGCUGGAUUUGGAAACAUUUUAUUUUAGGGACGACUCUCAGCUACUACCACUGCAAACGUUAGCUCCAUGUCUGUAAAACGGACCGAUUACUGCAGUUUUUAGCUGCUCCCGUAUUUAUAUUUCCUGGUGACUUUGUGGAUCUUUCAUUAAAGUCCACCCUGUGGUCCAUGAUGCCGCCUGCUAAACCCAAGACAACAACAUUAUCGCCCGCUGCAGAAAGGACCGGGUCCGAGCGUGGCGCGCUGCUUGGCAUCUGUGGGAGG